GGCCCCGUGGGGCAGGAUGGGAUCCCGUGGGGCAGGAAUGGCCCGUGGAGGGGCAGGAUGGGAUCCCGUGGGGCAGGACCGGCCCACGGAGGGGCAGGAUGAGUCCACGGAGGUGCAGUGUCGGUCCGUGGCGGGGCAGGCUCGGGCCCCGUGGGGCAGGACUGGCCCGUGGAGGGGCAGCCCCGGUCCGUAGCGGGACAGCACGAGGGCCGGUCCCGCCGAGGGGGCGUGGCCUCCCCACGGGGCGUGGCCUCCCCGGUCCUGUGCGGUCUCGCCCCGCCCCCGGCGGGAGGGGCGGAGGGGGGCGGGGCCUGCAGCGGACACGCCCCGCGCCGCGCGCCGGCAGUGCCGGACUGAGACCCACAGCCAUGGGGCCCGGCACCGGGACAGCGGGCAGGACGGGCAGCUGCCUGCACACGGCGGGCAGGAAGCCGUAGCGGCGGGCACCGCGCCAUGGAGCUGGGGGGCACCCCCCCCCUCCCCGGGGUCCUGGCGGCGCAGGAUGCCAUCGUCUUCUCGGGAGCGGGUGCCGAAGGGGUGACCCCCCCCACCACGGCACCCACCGCAGCACCCACCGCAGCACCCACCACAGCACCCACCAUGGCACCCACUGUGGCACCCACCAUGGCACCCACCAUGGCGCCCACUGCGGCACCCACCGCGGCACCCACCGCGGCACCCACUGUGGCACCCACCAUGGCACCGACCACGGCACCCACUGCGGCACCCACUGCGGCACCCACCGCGGCACCCACCGCGGCACCCACUGUGGCACCCACUGUGGCACCCACUGUGGCACCCACCACGGCACCCACCACGGCACCCACCGACGUCUUCUGGGCCAGCCUGGUGCAAGCCCAGCUGUGCGUCUGGGAGCUGCAGGGAGCCAUCGAGGGGGACACGGCCGGCGGCGACCGUGACCGAGCAUCCCAGGACAUCCUGCGCCACGACCGCGCGGCCACGGCACCGAGCGUCCCACCCCAGUGGCGCGGGGGCGGGUCUGCGGAGGAGAGCGUCUCGCGCCGGGACGCGCCCGUGGACGGGAGCGUCUUGCGUGAGCACCACGGCUCCACGUAUGAGAACAUCUUCCACGUGUCCACGGGUGGGAGCCUCUCGCAGGGCCACGUGCCCACAGAUGAGAGCAUCUGCCCCGGCUCCGUGGCCGUGGACGAGAACACCUCACGCAAGCACCAAGGCCGUGGUUCCACGCACAAGAGCAUCUUCCACGUGUCUACAGAUGGGACCAUGUCACCCAAGCCCGUGGCCGCGGAUGAAAGCCUCUUCCACGAGUGCCAAGGCCGUGGUUCCACGCACAAGAGCAUCUUCCACGUGUCUACAGAUGGGACCACCUUCUCCAAGUCCGGGCCCGUGGAUGUGAGCGUCUUCCACGAGCGCCAAGGCUGUGGAUUCGCAUAUGAGAACAUCUCGCACGUGUCCAUGGGUGGGAGCAUCUCAACUGAGCACUGCGGCCACGUGCCUACAGAUGGGAGCAUCUCGCCCAGGUCCAUGUCCGUGGAUGGGAGCAUCUCCCCCACGUCCGUGCCCAUGGAUGAGACCGUCUCGCAGGAGCGCGUGCUGAUAGAUGGCACCAUCUCGCCCAAAUCCACGCCCACGGAUGAGACCAACUCACCCAAGUCCGUUCCCACGGACGGGACCAUCUCGUACAAGUCCACGCCCGUGGACGGGACCAUCUCGCCCGAGCUCAUGCCUGCGGGCGGGAGCAUCUCGCUCAAGGCCAUGACCACGGAUGGGACCAUCUCGCCCAAGUUCAUGCCCACGGGUGGGACCACCUCACCCGAGCACCGGGACCCCGAAUGCAGCGAGGAGGAAGAGGAGGAUGAUGAUGGAGAUGACGAUGGCCGCUCCUCCCGAGAGGAAGACGCCGAGGAAGAGGAGGAACUGGAGGACGAAGAGCCCCACUUCCACACCAACCCCCUCUUCCAGAGCCGGGUGCUGGCACCCAUGGGUGCCCAGCGGGUGCCCCUCUACCGGCCCCACAGCGCUGCCCUGCAGCCGCUGCUCAUCACCGAGGGGGACGACGCCGGGGGGGACACCGGGGAGGAAUGGGGGUGUCCCCCCCCUCCCCACCCCCCCACACCCCUUGGGUGCCGCCCGGCAGGAGGAGACGUGGGCAGCGCCGCCGAGCAGGGUCCCCUCCGGGGGGGUCAGCGGUGGCGCCGGCGCUGGCCAACGGGGGACAGGGGCGCCGGGGGGAGGCGCAGCGUUUGGCCACCCGCCUCUUCCACCUCGACGGCUUCAAGAGGUCCCAAGUGGCCGCGUUCCUCCGGAAGAACUCGUGUGCCCCCUCCCAGCAAUGAUUUCAGCGGGAUGGUGGCCCAGGAGUACCUGGGCUUCUUCCAGUUUGGGGGGCAGACGCUGGACCAGGCGCUCAGGUGCUUCCUGCAGGCGCUGGUGCUGACGGGCGAGACGCAGGAGCGCGAGCGCAUCCUCGGCCACUUCUCCCGGCGUUACCAUCGCUGCAACCCCGGCGCCUUCCCCUCCCCGGACGCCGUGCACUCCCUGACCUGUGCCAUCAUGCUGCUGAACACCGACCUCCACGGGCAGCGCCUCGGCCGUGCCAUGACCAGCGCCGAAUUCGUGGCCAACCUGAGCGGGAUGAUGGACGGGCAGGAUUUCCCCAGGGAGCAGCUGAAGGCUCUUUAUGGCUCCAUCCGCAGCAAGAAGCUGGCGUGGGCAGCGGAUGAGGAGGAGGAGGAAGAUGCGGGUGGGGGGGGCAGCCUGGCCCCCCCCGGCUGUAAGAAGAGCAACCCCUUCCUGGACCUGCCGGGGGGGGCCGGGGCGGUCACCUACCGCCGGGGCUGGCUGGCCAGGAAGGUGCUGGCUGAGGCCGACGGCAAGAAAACGCCAUGGGGCAGACGAGGCUGGAAACCCUUCCAAGCCGUGCUACGGGGGACGGUCCUCUACUUCCUCAAACCCGGGGGGCGAACGGGGGUCCCCCGCCGUCCCUCUGAGCUGGGACCCACCCCGGCCCCCCAGGAGGAGGAGGAGGAGGGGGGGCCCGAGGCCGAGGAGCCUUUGGGGGUCCACCACGCCUUGGCCGAGCGUGCCAGCAAAUACACCAAGCGCCCCAACGUCUUCCGCCUGCAGACGUCCGACUGGCGCGUCUUCCUCUUCCAAGCCCCGACCCCCGAAGAGAUGUUCUCCUGGAUCUCCCGCAUCAACUUAGUGGCCGCCCUCUUCUCCUCGCCCCCCUUUCCCGCCGCCGUCGGUUCCCAACGCCGCUUCGUCCGCCCCAUCCUCCCCGCCGCCCCCAGCCGCAGCCCCCCGGAGGAGCAGCACCGCUCCCACGAGGCGUGGAUGGAACGGGCGGCCCAGGAGCUCUUCGAGCAUCAACGCAACCUCCCCGAGAAACGGGGACGAGCCCGCGACCUGGACGAGUACCGCUUGAAGAAGGAGUAUCUCCUCUAUGAGAGACGUCGCUACGAGACCUACGUGCAGGUGCUGGAGACGUGGAUCAACGCGGGCGCCCAGGACCUGGAGGGGUGGGAAGCCCAAGUGGGGCCGGCCGUGGCCCCCCCGGACCACCCCACCCUGACCAAAGCCCACUCCAGCCCCUCGCUCGUCCCCGACGCCCCCAUUGCCCCCACCGUCCGCGUCAAGAGGAACAUCUCCGAGCGACGGACGGUGAGGAAGAUCGUCCCCAAACGCAACAAGAACCUGCUGUGAUGGACAUGGGGGGGGGGGGCACACGUGGGGACAUUUUGGGGGGUGGGUGGCACCCCCCACCCCACCCCGGUACGAGGUUCCUUCGGGCACCACCAGUAUUGAGCCAACCUGGGGGGGCUCGGGAUUAAGGAUGGGGAAACUCAGGGAGACACAACCCCCUGCGCCCCCCCCCCAAAAAAAGGGACAAGGGGGAUGGGGGGGGUCACAGUCCCCCCCCCUGCAGCCCCCCCCAGCAUCGCUGCUGCGCCCGCUCCCCGCGCCCGCUGCCUGCUGCUCUCCGUCGUGCAAUAAAGGUGUGUGUCCCACCACUGCCAC